UUACCCCACCCCCAGCCAAUCUAGGAAGAGAUGAAAUGAACUUUGCACUUGCAAAUGUCACUGAAUACAUUUUGCACAGGAUUUUAAAAGGUUCUUUUACAAGCACUAUUUUUAACAGCCAAAUCCGCCCCCCAAAACAGAAGGGAAAAAGCCCUAGGUAUUUUUCUGUGAUCGAUCUCAGUUUAUGAUCAGCAUCUCUCACAAUAUUUCUGAAGCUGGUUUUAUUUUAUGCUUUUAUCAUUGAAGUUGAGAUUUUUGGAGGUGGUGUGGAUUUUUGGGAGUUUUUUUGAAUUUUUUUUUUUUCUUUUUUUCCUACUGGCAUGAGAAAAUUUGAGAAUUUAAUUGCAGUAGAAUACUUGGAAACAGUGAGGCUGGAAGCUUGAAAGGCAGAGGGAAGAGAAGGAAGGCUCUCACAGCAGAGCAUGGAUAGGAAAGGAGCUGUGAUUCUGCAGUGCUCAGUGUGCACAUGUUUUAUGAGAUCAGUGCCGGGCGCUGCAGCUGCGGACACUAACUGAGCUGUCUGGCUAAUGAAGGCCACCUGGAUCAGGCUUCUGAAAAGAGCCAAAGGAGGACGUCUGAAGAAUUCUGAUAUCUGUGGUUCGGCGGACUCCUACACCAGCCGUCCAUCUGAUUCAGAUGUAUCUCUGGAAGAAGAUAGGGAAGCAGUGCGGAGAGAGGCAGAGCGACAGGCCCAGGCACAGCUGGAAAAAGCAAAGUCAAAACCUGUUGCAUUUGCAGUUCGGACAAAUGUUGGGUACAGUGCAGCCCAUGAAGAUGAUGUUCCAGUCCCAGGCAUGGCCAUCUCAUUUGAAGCUAAAGAUUUUCUUCACGUUAAAGAAAAAUUUAAUAAUGACUGGUGGAUAGGACGAUUGGUAAAAGAAGGCUGUGAAAUAGGAUUCAUACCAAGCCCAGUCAAACUAGAAAACAUGAGGCUGCAGCAUGAACAAAAGGCAAAACAAGGAAAAUUCUACUCCAGUAAAUCAGGAGGAAACUCUUCAUCCAGUUUGGGUGACAUCGUUCCUAGUUCCAGAAAAUCGACGCCUCCAUCAUCUGCUGUAGACAUAGAUGCCACUGGCUUAGAUGCAGAAGAAAAUGAUAUUCCAGCAAAUCAUCGCUCCCCCAAACCCAGUGCAAACAGUGUAACAUCACCCCACUCCAAAGAGAAAAGAAUGCCCUUCUUUAAGAAGACAGAGCACAUCCCUCCCUAUGAUGUAGUGCCUUCUAUGCGACCAGUAGUUUUAGUGGGGCCUUCUCUGAAGGGAUAUGAGGUAACAGAUAUGAUGCAAAAAGCAUUAUUUGAUUUUUUAAAACAUAGAUUCGAAGGGCGUAUAUCAAUUACACGAGUCACAGCAGAUAUCUCUCUUGCCAAACGCUCAGUAUUAAACAAUCCCAGUAAGCAUGCGAUAAUAGAGCGAUCUAACACGAGAUCAAGCCUAGAUGUUUUAGCUGAAGUUCAAAGUGAAAUUGAACGGAUUUUUGAAUUAGCCAGGACAUUGCAGUUGGUAGUGCUUGAUGCUGAUACCAUUAACCACCCAGCUCAACUGAGCAAAACCUCUCUGGCUCCCAUUAUAGUAUACGUAAAGAUUUCUUCUCCUAAGGUUUUACAGAGGUUGAUAAAAUCUCGAGGGAAAUCUCAGGCCAAACACCUUAAUGUUCAGAUGGUGGCAGCUGAUAAACUGGCACAGUGUCCUCCUGAGAUGUUCGAUGUAAUUCUUGAUGAGAACCAGCUUGAAGAUGCUUGUGAGCACCUUGCUGACUAUCUGGAAGCCUACUGGAAGGCCACACAUCCACCUAGCAGCAAUCCUCCUAACCAGCUUCUCACUCGCACACUUGCAACAGCCACUCUACCUAUUAGCCCAGGUCCAAAUAUUAAUUUACAGCAGGGAUCUCAAGGAGACCAGAGGAAUGACCAUUCGGUCCCUGAGCGCAGCGGUUCCCACAUUGAAGAGGAAGCACGGGUCGAACCCACCAAGAAAUCCCAGCACCGCUCUUCCUCCAGCCAACACCACAACCACCGCAGUGGUGUCAGAGGCCUUCACAGGCAAGAAACUUUUGACUCAGAAACACAAGACAGCAGAGAUUCAGCUUACGUAGAGCCAAAGGAGGACUACUCUCACGAGCAUGGUGACCACUAUGAUUCUCACAGGGAUCAUAAUCACAGAGACGAGUCCCACGGGAUGAGUGAACACAGACACAGAGAAUCCCGGCAUCGCUCAAAGGAGAGGGACCGCGAGCAGGACCACAAUGAAUGCAACAAACAGCGCAGUCGUCAUAAAUCAAGGGACCAAUAUUGUGACAAGGAUGGGGAAGUGAUAUCGAAAAAACGUAACGAUGCAGGGGAGUGGAACAGGGAUGUUUACAUCCGACAGUAACUUUUGCCUCUGGCAGUCUUGUGUUUCUUUGAAGUCUUGUAACAAUGCCCCUUGAAAAUAUCUUGGGUUCUUCUUUGCAGAACAUAUGGUAUCCUUCUGUAUGCUGAUUUGUAUUGCUGUUGCUUGCAUAGCAAUAGCAUGAAAUAGAAUAUUCAUAUACUUAUUUUUUUGGUUAGUGCUAUAUGAAUUAGUGUAGUACAACUGAAGAGUUCCUGAUGUUGUACUAUGACAUUUUUCAAGCUGUUUUUGGUAGCUGCCACUUGAACAAUAUCUGUUGCCAUCAAGGUGUUGUUAGUGUUUUUUAAAAAAAAGGUACAUUUGAUGUUUAAUAACUUCCCAUGUAUUCAGCAAGCCAGGAUCAGCACAUAAAAAAAUCGAAAAAUUUUUGUCUGCUCUGAUUUUUAAUUUGUAUGCACUUGAUUUGCAUAUUGAUUUAAGCACCACUCUGUUGCUUGUACCUCUGGUGGUCUCCGUAUGAAGACAGAAUUCAGUCUUGCCUUACACACAGGGGAUCAUGGAGUCAAAAUCUAUUUUCUAUGUACUGGUACUGUGUACUGUAUAUACAGUUUAUAAACGUUAUUUCUGCAGACACCUUCUUACUAUAUAAGUUUGAUCACACUGUUUUAGAGUCCUAAUGCCAAGUCAGCAGAUUUGCUUUUGAAUUACUGGCAACUGGAACUAGCCUCACUUAGGAAAUCUGUAACAGUGUUCAAUCUAAAUACUUUUUCUUCUGUAGCAGAAAGCUGAUACUUACUGUAAAUAUGGAUGAGUGCUUGAGAUAAAGGGUGUAACUCUUAUACCUUAUGCUGUCCUUGCAAACCAAAUUCUGCAUUUUAAAGUUAUGGUAAAGAUAAUGAACUUACCACUAUAAAUUAUUCUUCUCUGUUCAGGUCACAAUAUUGCAAUGGGCACAGCUUAAUUUUGGUUCUACUGUCAGUAAACAGAGCACACGUGUUGGAGGUGUGUAUGUGAGUGGGCGGGUGGUGGAUCGGUGUCCGUGUGCGUGUGCACGUUAGGCAGCAAACUGUGAGAAUCUACUGAAGAAAACAAAGGUAUUUUGCCCAACAAGUCUAUUUCUACAUUCUGUCUCUUAAUUUAAAAAUACAAAUUGCAUUCAGGGAAUAUGAGGGAAUUUACUGACCCAGGUAAUUGGGAAAGCAUAAAUCUGCUGGCUCUUUAUUGAGACUUCAGGAGAGUAUAAACAGGCAAAUGUUACUGUGAGUUUCACUGGAAAUGUAAAAUCUUUGUGUUUUAGAGUAUUUGUUUUAGUAAGAAAAGUUUACACAGCUUGUGGAGAGUUAUUUUGUUGGAAAAUAAAUUUUUGUAGCUUCUCCACUUUUUCUACACUUGCCAAUUCUCUGCAUUCCCACUCUGCAGCCAGCUCACUGCUUUUCCUUCACCAAAGCUGUUGUGCUGCUGCUGAGAGCAUAGAAGAAUGACUGUGACUCUGUUAGGAGCUUUCUAGAGAAAAUGCAUUGAAAUCAAAGGGAGUGAACACAGUUUGUUUUGCACUGAACACCUGUUGCACUGGUAAGUGGGGGGAAAUUCACUAUUUUUUUUUGACUCCAGGUUCCAUACCCUUGCCUAGUGUAAAAGCUGUUCUGCAUCACGUGUAGUCUUUGUAGUACCUGUAUGAAUGAAAUACUUUUUGUAUUUCCCUGUAAAUAGCACAUUAUAUAAAGACUUUAGUGUGAUAAUAAUUAGUUUAGCUGGAAGUUCUUUUUAUUUAUUAUUUCAAUUCUGGGAAUAUCAGCAUUGCCUGAUUUUGAAUAUCAUUUUAGUGAAAUGGAUAAGAUACAUGGCAGGUGCAUGCUUUCUCCAAUCUCUUAGCCCAGCAUCCAAGAAAUUCCCUUAAACAUUCUCUGCCCUUCCUCUCCUACCCCUCUCCCUGAUGCUUUAUAAGCAUUUUUACAACAACCUAAGAGUGGUUAUCUGUCAGUUAUCUGGCCAUUCCUCCCAGUGCUGCUGACUGUUGUGGUUACUCAAGGGUAGGUUCUGGCUCAAAGCAUGAACUGUGGGGAACACAAGAAAAAAAGAUUAUUUUUCUAGAAAUAAAAUUCUCAUCAUUUUUCUAGACAUCACUAAAUGGCUUUGUAGAGAAAGGAAGAAUAGGUAAGUAGAUCUGCAGUAUUACUAAAUGGAUAUAGAAGAGUACAUAAACUGGGUUUUGAUACAAGAGAAUUUUCAGGGUAUCUGUAAAAAAUGACAUUAAAAGACUGUUGUUUGAGUCAUAUCAGAUCACAUGUAAGUGGGAAGAAAGUGAUAUUGUCUUGCUCUGUAUAGCCUGGCUUUAGCUAAUUUACCAGCUGCAGUAGAUGGUGUUGCUCCCUGCAACUCAUGACAGCUAUGUCCUCUAAGAAGUGAUUCCACUUCAAAACCUUGAAUAUUUUGUUCCUUUUUUGUUGGUUUUUUGGUUGGAUUUUGGGGUUUUUUGCUUUGUUUCUUUUUUUUACUUUUGCUCCAGAGAGUGUUUAUUUUUAAGCUUUCUUAAAGUAUUUUUUAAGGAAUAUUUGGCUGAAUUUUAAAGCACUGAGUAGUAUAUGAAAACUAUGGCAUAGGUAGUUGUGUAUAGACAAAUAAAUGAGAAAAGAGAGAGCAUAGUCCAAGCCCUAGUAUUUAAGUAUGGCCUAUAUAUUGAUUCAUGCAAUAUAAACAUCACAAAAAAAAA